AUGAAAUUCGGCAAGAGCCUGAGCAACCAGAUCGAGGAAACCUUGCCCGAAUGGAGAGACAAGUUCCUGUCUUACAAGGAGCUCAAGAAGAAGCUCAAGGUCAUGGAGCCACGUGGCGUCGACAAUCGCCCAAACAAACGUUCCAGAUCCGAUCCCAAUUCUGUUGACGCUGACAUGACCAAGGAGGAGCUCGAUUUCAUCCGCCUCCUCGAGGACGAGCUUGAGAAAUUCAAUUGCUUCUUCGUCGAGAAAGAGGAAGAGUACAUCAUCAGAUUGAAGGAAUUGAAGGACCAAGUGGCAAAGGCAAGGAAUUCCAAUGAAGAGGUGAUAAAUAUUAAGAAAGAGAUUGUAGACUUUCAUGGAGAAAUGGUCCUCUUGAUGAAUUACAGUGCUCUUAACUAUACAGGAUUAGCAAAGAUUCUAAAAAAGUACGACAAAAGAACGGGUGCUCUUAUCCGACUACCAUUCAUCCAAAAGGUUCUGCAAGAACCUUUCUUCACGACUGACCUGCUCAACACAUUUGUGAAAGAGUGCGAGGCGAUGCUCGACCGCCUCUUCCCAUGUUACAAAAGUCGUAUCCUAGAGGAAGAAGGAGAGCCAACAACUUCUGGAGCAGCAACCGACAGUCCUGAUCUUCUCAGAGUUCCAAAAGAACUGUCUGAGAUCGAGUACAUGGAGAGCUUGUAUAUGAAGAGCACUGUGUCUGCAUUGAGGGUAUUAAAGGAAAUCCGCAGCGGUAGCUCCACAGUUAGCGUCUUCUCGUUGCCACCGUUACAGGGGAGUGGAUUAGAAGAUGAUUCCUGGAAGAAGAAAGUUGGCGUCCUCGAACAAGUAGCCAAAUGA